AUGGAUUGUGAGACCAUCCCAGACCCUCAUCUGCGACUUGAGACAUCAGGGACAGUGGUUAUAGCCAGUCAGGGUACCAAGCCUUGUAGGGACGAGCCGGUAGUUCCUAGAACGUCAAAAGGAAAGUUUGAAAACACACAGAAUACCCAGGCAGGAAGCCACGAGAUGGUAGCCACUAAAGUUAAGCGUAAGGCAGUGGAACCUGCUGCAACCGCUGGUCUAUCACAGGCUGGAACAUCAGAAGCCGUUGAGAUAACCCUAAACCAAACCAUAAAAAUUAUAUUGGUGAGGUCAGAGGUCAUUAAUCGAGAUGAUUUCCAUUCAGAGGAACUCAGCUCAAAGGAAGAUAUUCCGGUAGAGAUUAUGACAGAGCAAGGAAGUUCAGAGGUCACCAAUCGACAUGAUUACGAUUCAGAGGAACUCAGCUCAGAGGAAGAAAUUCCGGAAGAGAUUAUGACAGAGCAGGGAAGUUUAGAGGUCACCAAUCGAGACGAUUACCAUUCAGAGGAAUUCCGCUCAGAGGAAGAUAUUCCAGAAGAGAUAAUGAUAGAGCAUGAAAGUUCAGAGGUCAUCAAUCAAGAUGAUUACCAUUCAGAGGAAUUCCGCUCAGAGGAAGAUAUUCCGGAAGAGAUUAUAACAGAGCAAGGAAGUUCAGAGGUCACCAAUCAAGACGAUUACCAUUCAGAGGAAUUCCACUCAGAGGAAGAAAUUCCGGAAGAGAUAAUGAUAGAGCAUGAAAGUUCAGAGGUCAUCAAUCGAGAUGAUUACCAUUCAGAGGAAUUCCGCCCAGAGGAAGAUAUUCCAGAAGAGAUAAUGAUAGAGCAUGAAAGUUCAGAGGUCAUCAAUCAAGAUGAUUACCAUUCAGAGGAAUUCCGCUCAGAGGAAGAUAUUCCGGAAGAGAUAAUGAUAGAGCAUGAAAGUUCAGAGGUCACCAAUCGAGAUGAUUACGAUUUAGAGGUACUCAGCUCAGAGGAAGAAAUUCCGGAAGAGAUUAUAACAGAGCAAGGAAGUUCAGAGGUCACCAAUCAAGACGAUUACCAUUCAGAGGAAUUCCACUCAGAGGAAGAAAUUCCGGAAGAGAUAAUGAUAGAGCAUGAAAGUUCAGAGGUCAUCAAUCGAGAUGAUUACCAUUUAGAGGAAUUCCGCUCAGAGGAAGAUAUUCCGGAAGAGAUAAUGAUAGAGCACGAAAGUUUAGCGGUCACAAAUCGAGAUGAUUACCAUUCAGAGGAACUCGGCUCAGAGGAAGAUAUUCGAGUAGAGAUCAUUGCAGAGGACAACUAUUCAGAGCAUUCUAAUAGAGAAGACGAUAUCCCAUAUGAGGGGGAUUUUGAGGAUGACAUUUAUGACGUAAUCAUCGGAGCGGAAGUCACUGCUGAGAGAGAAACACCAGACUAUGCGUCUGAAAGAGACGACAUUCCAGAAGAGAUCGUUACAGAGGGAGAUGCCUCAGAAAACAUGGUUGACAAUAAAAAUGAUAUCAUAGCUGAUGAGGUCAGGGAAGAAAGUAUCUUCCCAGCUGUUUAUUUAUUAGAAAUUGACUUAGUCACAGAGAACAAAGAUGACGAAAAUUAUGAAGACAAUUGUACAGAGGCUGUGGAAAUUAUUGAAGAAGCCAUCUAUGAAAAUGAAGGUUGUUUGGACGAUUUCGCCAUUGAAUGCCAGCGGAUUUCAAUGAUUAACAUUCCAGAUGUUUUUCAAUGA